UCCCAUUGUUGCUGUCAUGUUGCACUUCUUCAGACCAGCGGUACGCAACCUUUUUGUGCCACAGAACAGUUUUACAUGCCGGCCCGGCAUAGAAACAAAUAGAAAUAAAUUAUUCAAAGUACAGCUCACCAUCACGCUGAAUGUAAGAGAAUGUUGACUUAAAAAUGUAUCAGUUGUGGUUUUAACAUAGAGCAAUUUAGCAUAGCGUAAAUCGAAAACCUUUUUUUGCUAUAUUUCUUUAUUGCUCCGUUCAUAUUUAACUGAUAGUCUCAGAGAGCUAAUGGCGUUUGGCUGUGUGCAUAGUUGGCUGAUGACAUCCUUUUUAGGGCUUUUGACCCAAACGUGUGCACAACAUGUAAGCAGGACUGACAUGCUGAAAGAUUCUCUCGACCUGUAAUAUUUUAUUGCGCACCUUAACUACCUGUUUCAUGAAGCCUGAGGCAGCGUUACCAAGUCUGCCGAGCUCGGAGAGGAUGAGGAUGACAUGGAAAUUGAUGGUUGCGCAUCAGUUUGCCUCUGGAGAGAUACAUGGGGAAUGAGCAGACUCCUUCAAUAAUCUGAGUGAAAGCCUCAAAGAGAGAAUGCAAUGUAGGACUAAGAGCGAUGUCUGCAGUCCAUUAAAUUAAUCAAACUUAUUUCUAAAGCACUUUUAAAACAACAGAUGUCAAAUAAAGUGCUGUACCAGGAGAAUAAAAGGGAAUUAUAUCUAAAAAUAAGGAAUGAAAUCAACCAAAUUGAGUAAAAUAAAAACACACAAAGGACAGACUUGUCAUAGAUAAUAGAUACUUUUUUUUAUUGAAUCACUAGGACAGAUAUCAUGACUGCAAAGGAAGUAGAGAAAAAUGACUUCAUUUAACCACAAUUGCUUGUGCAGAUGACAGGACAUGCAAGCAGUUUUAAACUAUGCGCGGAACAGUUGUAGCCGUGGAGCCAUUUGAAAAUCACCAGUCUUGAUUUCCAGGAUGCACAUGGAAUACAAACUAUAGUAUAUUUUGAGCGGGGAAAGGAGCAAGCACAAAAAAGGCAUUUGCAGUACACCUUCAACCAGGAACUACCAAAUUUACCAGUUAUAAUAUUGUCAUUCCCAGAUGGCGCCUCCCCGUGUGGACGCCUCGGUUACAUGCUCUCAAGUAUUGUUUUUGUGUUGUGUUUUUUGUUCGUCUUUGGAGACAUUAUGCGACUCACUUACACAAGGGGGGGCUUGCUGAACAUCAAGGAAUCUACUCCGGACUUUCUUUCACCAACUUUCGCAAAUCCGCUCAGUUUCCCCCCCGAGUUACUCACCGGAGCAGCGACUGCGGUCUUUGGCGCAUGGAGACGAAGGCGACACCACAGAGGGAAGCGCAAGAGAGGAUACAGAUUGGCGUUUCCGUCAAUCCACCUCGCGAAUCUACGCUCUCUACCCAACAAAUUGGACGAGCUUCAUCUUCUGAUAAAGACCAGUAAAGACUUCGGACGUUCCGCCGCCCUGUGCUUUACGGAGACUUGACUUUGUGAGGCUGUACCCGAUGGCGGCGUGAUGCUUCCUGGCUUCCGUCUUCACCAGGCAGACCGCGACAUCGAAUCAUCGGGGAAAACAAAAGGCGGCGGAAUAUGCUUCUAUAUCAACGAAAAAUGGCGUACGGACGUCACGGAGCUCAGGACACACUGCAGCCCGCAUUUAGAGUCGCUGUUUUUGAACUGUAAGCCAUUCUACUCGCCUCGUGAGUUUGCAUCAUUCAUUCUCGCCGGUGUCUACAUUACGCCUCAAGCUAACACGAACGCCGCACUGCUAACGCUCGCUGAGCAAGUAAACGAAAUUGGAAAAAAAAUACCCGGACUCACCCCUCAUUAUUCUCGGGGACUUUAACAAAGCUAAACACAACCACGAACUCCCUAAAUACAAGCAGCACAUCGACUGUCCCACCAGGGAAAAUAACAUUUUAGACCACUGCUAUACUACGCUAAAUCACGCAUACUGUGCCAUACCUCGUGCAGCCCUGGGGUUGUCUGAUCACUGCUUAAUUCACUUCUUUUUUUUUUUUUUUUUUUUGUCCUGUUUGGCUGUUAGGUCAAGCAGAAUGGAAAAUCUGUAUCCCUUUUAUGCCGGACCAGUUUUACAGUGUCACAGUGGAGUUUUUAAGCUUCCGCUGUGGUAUUAUAAUUGAGGUUUAUUGAGAAUCAGACUUUGAUAAGGCGAACAGAACAAAGUUUCUCGAGCGGAGAGAGAAACAAAGACAAAAGACAAAGCACUAAUUGUAAACAGGAUGAGAGAAGUAAAUCUUUACAUUAUCUACAACAAUGAAACAUUAAAUAUGAGUGUUGCAUGGGGCUGUAGUGCUACACCCUGGGAGGGAAGGACAGGACAAGAUAGAACAGGACAAGGACAGGAGAAGAAGCAUGCAAGACAAGGGUCGUGAACCCAGCAGUACAACUGAAGUGUGGUGGGAUUAAUUAUGUAAAUUAUAAAAGUCUACAGAACAAGAGUAUAAGUGAGGGGAUACACAGGCGAUUUGCAUAUUCAUAAGUUAAUUGUUGCAGUAAGUGCAUGAUCCCACACCCAGUGAAAGAGUCCUAGGGAAGCUGUGGUGCGGCCGACACAACCUGGAGCUACAGAUGCUCAAGACUGUAGCGAUGAUUGUAGACUUCAGGAAGCAUCCUUCCCCACAGCUUCCCCUCACGCUGUCCAGCUGCCUUCUGUCAACUGUCAAAACCUUCAAGUUCCUGGGAAUUAUAGUCUCUCAGGACCUGAAGUGGGCGAUCAACAUCAAGUCCGUCCUCAAAAAGGCCCAGCAGAGUAUGUACUUCCUGCGGCUUCUGGGGAAGCACGGCCUGCCACAGGAGCUGUUGAGGCAGUUCUACACCGCGGUCAUCGAAUCAGUCCUGUGUUCUUCCAUCACAGUCUGGUUUGGUGCUGCUACAAAAAAGGACAAAAUCCGACUGCAACGGAUAAUCAAAACUGCUGAAAAGAUUGUCGGUACCCCCCUACCCACCCUUGAGGACUUGCACGCUACCAGAACUAAGACAAAAGCGUGCAAAAUCCUCUUGGACCCUCCACGUACCGGUCACCAGCUCUUCCAGCUCCUUCCCUCAGGAAUGGAAAGCAUCAAUGUGGAAACGGACUGGGAUGCUUUAACCCUCUCCUCUCUGAUCCUGACGGGAAGGAAUAACCACUCUUCCUCAUCUUUGUUUGAGCUCAACACCCUCAAUGGCUCCCACAGCAGAGGAUCUUUCUUUGGGAUCUAUCCAGAGAAUGGCUCAAACACCACCCCUUACCCAUUUCCCCAGCCCAGGGUGAGGGACCAGGGCCUGGCCCGAGCGGAGAUCGCUGUGCUCGGGGUGAUACUGGCUCUUACCACCCUGGGAAACAGUUUUGUGCUUUGGGUGCUGCUCAGGAGGAGGAAGCACAAUGCGCCGAUGCACGUGUUCAUGGUCAACUUGUGCGUGGCUGACCUGGUGGUGGCCUUCUUUCAGGUUCUUCCCCAGUUCAUUUGGGACAUCACAGAUAAGUUCCAGGGACCUGAUUUCCUGUGCCGCUCCGUCAAGUACUUGCAGAUUGUGGGCAUGUUUGCUUCCUCCUACAUGAUAGUCGCCAUGACAGUAGACCGGCACCAUGCCAUCUGCUGCCCGUUGCAGGCUUACCGUAGCGGGGCAGUCUCCCGCUGGAACACCCCUGUCAUGGUGGCUUGGGGCUUGGCUCUUGUCCUCAGCCUACCACAGGUGUUCAUCUUCUCGCGCUCAGAAGUGAGUCCCGGGGAGUUUGAGUGCUGGGCUAACUUUGCUGCGGAGUGGGGACUCAAGGCGUACAUCACCUGGAUGACGGUGGCUGUCUUUCUACUGCCUGCCCUCAUCAUCACCAUCUGUCAGAUAAGAAUCUUCCGGGAGAUCCACAACAACAUCUACCUGAAGUCAGAAAGGAUGGUGAUGGCUGAGUUGAAGAGGAAUGAAAUCCUUUUCCGUUUCCACAGCUUUAAGAAGGAAGAGGAGCGGCCCAGGGAAAGGGGUCAGCGGGCGUCCGGAGGUGGAAGUUGGGCGGGGCUGCACUAUGAGCCGAUGACCAACAUACCUCCCAAAAACACUUACAAUAAAAGUCAAGUGGCGGAUGUGACAACAACAACCACACCACCUACAGAUCUGCAGCAAGUGAACAGUACUGACUGUCAGGAGUCCUGUACAUCCUGCGAGACGGCCUCAGGUUCAGCUCGGUGCAAAGUCGACUAUGCACCGCCUCACACACCAACGGCGCCACCACCAAGCAUCACCACAGCCAUGUCCAAAACAGUCCGAAUGACACUGGUCAUUGUGCUGGUCUACACCGUCUGCUGGUCCCCUUUCUUUAUUGUCCAGCUGUGGGCUGCCUGGGACCCCAAUCCUCCCAAUCAAGGAGUGGCCUUCACUAUCCUCAUGCUGCUGGCCAGUCUCAACUCGUGCACCAAUCCGUGGAUCUACACGGCCUUCUCUAGCAGCGUGUCCAGAGAGCUGCAGAACUUGCUGCAUUGUAGGUCGCGACCUGGACGACGGGGCUCGCUGCCUGAUGACUCCACUACCACGCACACCUCCACCACCAAGGACACCCAGUACUGACUGACUGAGACAAAUGUGGGAAAUUUGCAUGUGCCCUUGCCCUGUCCUCUGAAGAACACAGGUGGCCUGCUACCGCCAGAUGUUCCCAACAACAAAUGACAGCUAGGCCAUCAACAGGAACUCCAUCUGCAUUGGGCCCCUCCAUACAAACAGAAAAGGAGCGCGUUAUUGGACGUGUCAGUGCAUGACAGAAUGCGCAGUGACAGUAAGUGCGAGGCAAGGUGGCCACACCUCAGCUUUUGAGUGACACGUUUAUUCCCAAAUGAAGUUCUGUCAAAUAAAGAUGAGAGGGAAUGAAUGCAAAGUGUGAAUCGCAGCGGACGUAAUCGAGGACGAAGGGCUUGCCAACAUUCCAACAUCACGCCAACAUUAAAGAUGGCGAGGUUGCUGCUGCGGGACUGACAACCGAUAGUGGAUGUGGUGAAUGUUCCAUAAAUCAAACUUUGUUAAAUCAGAGUAAGUGAAUUAGCGAUGGAUGAAUUUAUAUUCGCUCAGGAGGAACCCAGUUUCUCAGAACAAUAGAGAACUGGAAGCGAGCUGGCGAGAGACUCAUUCAAGAGCAAUUGAAACACACACUCACACAAACAAACACGAGUCCAAACAGCAGGUUAGGCUCGCAAGAUGAACAAUCCAAAUUUCCGCAAACAAGUGAGACACAAUGAUGUGAUUUUAUUACAUGUAUACACAGCAUGUAAAGUAUACAAAAUGACCUUCCUGACUGUGAAACACGAAGCAUUACGCUGAAGAAACAAAAGGAAACAUUUCAAAACCAUUCCAUGCAUGAGAACGAACCAUUUGAAAUACAGUGUAUUUAUUUAAAAUGUAUCACGCGCAUUAGACAUGAUUAUAUUUCUUGCAAUGUAAAUGUUGUCAGAUGUCACUCAUAAGGUCGUAAUGCUGCAUAACAUGGGCGUUAGUAAGCCAAUCCAAGAUAAAAUUGUGGUCUUCUUCCCAAAAAACACAUUUCAAGGAUAUCAAAAGAAACAAAGAAAGUGUAUGCCAGUCAAGCAAUGAAAGUAGUCGUAGUCUAAAGCAAGAGUCCUUGAUGCCCAUGUACAUUUUUAGAGGGGCCCCCCUCUCUGGUUUAAUCGCACGCUGAUGUCAGCCAUGUUAUAUUAGGAGGCGCUAUCAGCAGAGGUGGGCUCUUGUGUUCUAUUUCACCAGCGCACUUUCAUUUUUCAAUUGUGUUUGUCAACAGUUUCUACCCUAUGUCCAAUCUCACACUUUGAAAUCGGUAAUGCAUUCUGCCCCUCAACUGCGUGAACAGACAUCAAAGUACAUGUAUUAUAAUUUUUUUUUAAGUAUUGCUAUAUAACAUCCUGAACAUCCCGUAGAUAUGAAUGUGUAUUAACUGAGAUCCCACCCAAAUGUACAUUCACGGACCACAGCAUUAGGUACACUUGCACAAACCAAUGAGAACUUAAAGACUGUAAUGACACUGCAGGUUUCUGUGCCUGAUUCUUACAAUUUGCCCCCAAGUGGCACAAUAAAAAUCAUAUUUUUUUUAUUUCAUUCAAUUUAUUAUACUCACUAAUCCCUCAAGGGGAAAUCCAACUCAUCCAUGGCUGUAUACAGUAUUGUGUUGAUCACACACAUGCAGACAUGCAAGCGGACGUGUCAGAGUGAUGAAUCGUACGUCUGUUAAUGUGAAUGCAACGUAAACAAACAAAUCCGAUCUACUUCGUUCAUGUAAGCCUGACAUCAUUGAAAUGCUCGGUAAAUCCACAGUUAAAGUAUAAUAAGUCUAAUACUGUAUGCGUAAAUAUGAUAUAUUAGAGGUGCUAAGACGAUUAAAUAAGGAAAAAUGACUGCCAACAGCAGUCAGUGGAGAAAUAUUGAGGUGGUGGAAGAGUCGUUUCAGGCCAAGAAAAUAUUAUGUAACAUAUAAUAUUUGUAUUGUAUAUACUGUAUGUUCUUGUUUGUGUGUUCUCACUGCCCUAUGUUAACACUCACACACGCAAGUUGUUUCAGGUGUAAAAGUAAACACAGAGCUAUUUUAUACAUUAAUUUAUAUGUACAGUUCUGCUCAUUGGCGGCACGGUGGGCGACUGGUUAGCACAUCUGCCUCACAGUUCUGAGGACUGGGGUUCAAAUCCCGGCCCCGCCUGUGUGGAGUUUGCAUGUUCUCCCCGUGCCUGUGUGGGUUUUCUCCGGGUACUCCGGUUUCCUCCCACAUCCCAAAAACAUGCGUGGUAGGUUAAUUGAAGACUCUAAAUUGCCCGUAGGUAUGACUGUGAGUGCGAAUAGUUGUUUGUUUCUAGGUGCCCUGCGAUUGGCUGGCGACCAGUUCAGGGUGUACCCCGCCACUCGCCCGAAGAUAGCUGGGAUAGGCUCCAGCACGCCCGCGGCCCUAGUGAAGAUAAGCGGAACGGAACAUGAAUGAAUGAAUGACUUGCAAGAAUUUGUGAGGUGUACCAUUCUUUAAAGAAAACAAAACACAUUUAUCUUAUUUUUAAUGGGAUUCAAUUAAUAAUAAUCAUAAAACAUGUCAGAAAUGCACAAUCAUUAAACAAAGCAUAGCAAUAAAGAAAAUAAUGAGAUGGUCCCGGUUCAGUCAUCAGUCGUAUUUUUCCCAAAAAUUACAAGUAUUUCACCCUGAGCACAGCUGCACAUAUAAAUAGACAGUUCAAAAACAAAAUCACAAUUGGGCACUUAGACCUGCAGUGUAAAUCCAGUCUAAUAAAAUACCUGUAUCUUUACAAUGAUACUGAUUAAUAAAAGUGUUCCAAAAAGUGUUUUUUGUUUUUUUUAUGUUGGCUCUCAGAGGAUGACACAAGACAACAAGAGAGUGCCAUUUUAUAUUUGGCGCAGUGGUAACAGCUCCACCAUGAUUCAAAACGGCACAGGGAGAGAAUGGAUGGCUCUCUCCAAAAAUAUUUUAAAAAAUCAUUAAGCACUGUAGUUCGUUUUUGUCUGUCUGUUUGUCCUUUUAACAGGCAAAUUCCUCAUUCACUGAGUAUGGCAUAAGGUCUUAUUCUAUUUUGUUAAACGCCACAUUGAAGCUAUGGCUUCCCUCAGAAUGCUGUUAUGAGCAUAAACCAUAUAAAUGUACAAUUGUCUCAUCGCAUUAUUACAUACUGUAUGCCAAUGGUGGGCGGUGAGUUUUGGGCCUGGGCCUUCAAUAACAUGAUAAAAAAAAAAAAAUUUUUAAUAAAUAUUGUAUAUAUAUUCACUGGAAA